AUGUUUCCCGGCCCGAGCACAAAUUUGUGGGAUAAUCACAAAGAUUCAAUGACUGAUGAUAUAUUGUAUCGACAUCGUACAAGGUGCAACGAUCUAGCAAUAUCAUUCAGUGAUGCAAUGUACAAUGAAGCAUUGAUAGCUAUCGAGGAUCUUUGCAUUGCUAUUGCGAAUUUACCAAUCAGUCAUUUCGGUAUGAGCUCACCGAAUCGAAGUGCAUCUGAUUUACUCAACACAGAUAUGAAUCGUGAACUACAGUACGAUACUAUAGAAAUGGCAAGCAUUGUUAGUCGCAAUGUUCCACUACUAAAUAAUGAACAAAAAAUUAUCUACGACCGCAUCAUGCUGGCAGUUUCGGCAGGACAAGGAGGAUUCUUUUUUUUAGAUGCACCAGGUGGAACUGGCAAAACAUUCCUUAUUUCGCUACUUCUUGCCGAAAUACGAUCAAAAAAUGGCAUCGCAUUGGCCGUUGCAUCUUCUGGCAUUGCAGCUACUUUAUUAGAUGGAGGCAGAACAGCUCAUUCAGCAUUUAAGCUGCCGUUGAACAUUCAAAAUAAUCAAGAUGCAGUGUGUGAUUUCAGACAAACACUUCCUGUUAUUCCACAUUCAACGUGGGCUGAUGAAAUUAACGCUCGCUUAAAAUCAUCACGACUAUGGCGUAAUGUUGAAAAUGUACAACUUACGGUGAACAUGCGCGUUCAAAUGCUUCAAGAUCCAUCCGCCGAAACAUUCUCUAAACAACUGUUAGAUAUUGGCGAUGGGAAAGUUGCUGUACAUGAAAAUACUGGAUGCAUAAAAUUACAGACGAACUUCUGCACAAUCAUCGACUCGCAAAAUACUCUUAUCGAUCACAUAUUUCCCGACCUGUUGCCUGGGGACUUGGUGUCAUACAAAUCUAUCGAUGCAGUUUGCGAUACAAACCAGAUUGUGAAUUAUCCAAUUGAGUUUUUAAAUUCAUUGGAUUUGCCAGGCAUGCCACCACAUCAUUUACAAUUAAAGGUUGGAUCUCCGAUUAUUCUGCUUCGUAUCUUGAACCCACCACAGCUAUGUAAUGGCACACGAUUAGUCAUUAAAAAAUUAAUGAAAAACGUUAUUGAAGCCAUCAUCUUGAAUGGCAAGUUUCAAGGCGAGAAUGUGUUGCUGCCACGAAUCCCUAUGAUUCCCACAGAUGUGCCAAUUGAAUUCAAACGCACUCAAUUCCCAAUUAGAUUGGCAUUCGCUAUGACGAUCAAUAAGUCACAAGGACAAACAUUGUCUGUAUGUGGCUUAGAUUUGGAAACACCGUGCUUUUCUCACGGACAACUAUAUGUAGCAUGUUCUCGCGUGGGAAAACCAUCCAGUUUGUUUGUGUUGGCUAAAGACGGACUAACCAAGAAUAUUGUACACUCUAUUGCGCUAAGAGAUUAA